CAUGCAGAGCAGUACCCCACUUGGGCUGCAAUAGCUCAUGACUAUUUGUCUGUUAUGAUUUUUUCUGUGUCUAGUGAGUGUGCAUUUUCAUCUGGGGGAAUAACUAUCAGCAAGUGGUGCAAUCAUUUUAAGGGGGACAUUGUUGAGGCACUUCAGGUGCUGAGA